UCGCCAUGAACAAAUCGAAAUCCUUGACGAUAAUCAAUCUAGCAGAAAAAGCGAAAUUUUACACGUCCCUAUGUCUGGGGACCGUCGCUUUCGUUUCAGUUUUCGCUUUUCUUUUUUUGAUUCCGUUCGUUGUCGACCCGGCCAUUACUAGUUUAAUGGCGGAUUACGAUACCGUGCCAGUAACGUGCAUAGCCACUAAUCAUAUAUAUACCGAGGGCAUAUCAAAUUGUUCUUGGUCUUCGUGCAAAGAGGGUUGUACCAAAGAAGCGACUAGAUGCCAUCAGAUAUACGUCAAUUAUUCAAAAAUACCUUUUAGGGAGUUCAAAUACCAAAGUCACGUGAGUUGGGACGUAGUUGAGACGCGGUUUUUAAUUAAUCCAGAGGGAUGCGGGUACCCGCCGUCAGUAAACUGUUCCCACUUCGCUAAACAGUACGGCUACACCACCGCCGGUACCCCAUUUCCCUGUUAUUACAGCAGGGUCUAUCCCGAAAUGGUGGUGGCUCGUUAUUCGUGGGACGAUACGUUACGUCACCUAGUGUUGUCUUUAGCCAUACCGAAUUUGUUGUUCGUAGCUUCAGUUGGGGUGCUAAGCUAUUGGUACUGUCCGGGAUGUGGCAGAACCUGUCAGAAAUAUAUGCACCAUUUCCCUGCAGAAGAGGACGAAUAUGAGGAAAAUACUUAUUAUAAUAGCCAAAGUUUUACGAAAAUCCAUGGUUAACACUUUCUAAGCUAUUUUACACCAGAUUCUAUAGAUAACUAUAAAAACUCUAUCGCAUCAAUAAAUUAUAGUACAAUUCGCUUAAAUAUGGAAUAAAAAGUUCCCUAAAAUAUUCGCAUUAUAAUUAAGUUAUUCGGGAGAGACGUUUUAAUAUAAUGAAUUGUAAAAUGUUAUCAUAUGCGAUUAAAUGAACGUAUAUUAUAUUAUUGUAAAUAAUAUUUAUUGUUGAAAAAUUUUAAAUUCAAUUCGCCCAAUUACAUUGCCUUUUUCA